AGUUUUUUUUUGUUUAAUUGUGUUGUUUUGAAAAUGGAGUGGCUUACCACGGAGGAUGGCAAGUACAGAAUAGAAUCUCUGUCAGCUGCUACUUUCCCCGGGGCAUUAAGAGUUAUAACAGAUUCCUUCUGCCAAGACGAAUCUGUGAGCAUAGGAACAGAAGUCAACAAGAAUCCCGUGGCAGCAGAAGAGUUAUUAGAACUGUGCGCAGACGCAGCACUGGAUGGCGUUUCCUUGGUUGCCGUAGCUGUUGACAGUGGAGAAGUUGUGUCUGUUGCUUUUAAUAAAUUACAGGUGGCUACAUCGGAUUCUUCGGAAAAGCCUUUCUUUGAAAUAUUCGCAGAAGAACGCUGUACCCAACCAUCGUCCCGUGCUCUCAUUGAGUGGAUGGCAGAGGUCGACGGCAAAUGUAAUUUUUUCGACAAAUACAAUGUCGACUGCAGCCUCGAAAUAAUGUUCCUAGCAACCCUUCGGGAACAUAGACAUAAAAGACUUGGAAGAAUUCUCUGCAGUACCUCAAUAGAUCUAGCAAGGAAACUGAAGAAUGGUCCUGUGUCCAAAAUGUCGGUGCAAGAUUUAGGACCGAAAUAUUCCAAUAUGGCGGCUAGAAAGCCAGUAACUAAAGUUCCAAAGAUCUGUCAAGCUUUGUGGACAUCGGAGGCAACACAGAAAAUUGGAAAGGUUUUAAAUUUCGAAGUGGGGAUUCGUGUAUCGUUUGAUGAUUUUUAUUACGAUGGAAAGUCUUACAGAGAACGGUUAGGAAGAGAAGUAUUUGCUGAAGCUGCUGCUAUUAGACUUGAUUGAUGUUUAAAG